CAUCCAUCAGCUGAGGAGCAAGGUGUCAGAGGAACAUGAGGUCAUCAAGAAGAAGGAGCUGGAGACUGGCCCCAAGGCCUCCUAUGGCUAUGGGGGCAAAUUUGGAACAGAGCGGGACCGAAUGGAUAAGUGCGCAGUGGGCCACGAGUACAUUGCUGAUGUUGGGAAGCACUCCUCGCAGACGGAUGCAGCCCAGGGAUUUGGGGGGAAGUAUGGAGUCCAGCGGGACCGAGCUGACAAGUCAGCACUGGGCUUUGAAUACAAGGGUGAAGUGGAGAAACACUGCUCCCAGAAAGAUUACUCCAAAGGCUUUGGGGGCCAUUACGGUGUGGAGAAGGACAAGGUGGACAAAGCUGCAGUGGGAUUCGACUACAAGAGCCAGGCAGAAAAGCACGACUCUCAGAAAGACUAUUCUGUGGGCUUUGGUGGGAAGUUCGGGGUCCAGAGGGAUCGUCAGGACAAGAGUGCCCUUGGCUGGGACCAUCAGGAGGAAGUGCAACCCCAUGCAUCCCAAACAGACUAUGCCAAGGGGUUUGGAGGCCGUUACGGGGUCCAGAAGGACAGAGUAGAUAAGAGUGCUGCUGGCUUUAACGAGAUGGCAGCUCCCACCUCCUCGUACGAGAAAACAAGACCACUGGAGGCAGCUUCCAGUGGCACCAGCAGCCUGCGGUCACGAUUUGAAAACAUGGCUAAGACAGCAGAGGAGGAGAGCAGACGGCAGGCAGAGGAGGACCGGGUGAGGCGGCAGGCUCGGCAGUGCCAGGUGGCUCGGCAGAAGCAGGAAAUCCCACAGAGAGAGAAGGACCACACAGAGACAGCCUCUGCCGCCGUGCCAGCAAGGGUGCCUGCGAGUGCUGACCGAGGGAGGCCUGUGUCACCGGGAAAAGAGGAGGCAAAAAGGGAGGAUGAGGAAACACCACCCACUUUGCCACCAAGGCCAGCAGAUCUGGGUGGAGAGCUGUGCAAGCUGCCCAGCCAGGAUCAGCCCAUCUACAGUGAAAGUUUGGAUGUCGGUGGAGACUAUGAGGAGCUGCCAGAGCCCUCUGACUACUGUAACAGUACCAGUGGCGGUGCUGACUAUGAGGAGCUGCCAGCGCCCUCGGGAAAGCUGGAUGACUAUGAAGGAGAUGGAAGUGAGGAUUAUGAGGAGAUCCUUCCUGAGGAACCCAGCCAGAGCCAGCCCCACCUGGGGAAAAUGGACAAUGUUUAUGAGGUGGAGAGCCCUGGGACCUGUGCGGUGGCUCUCUACGAUUACCAAGGAGAUGGAGAUGAUGAGAUUUCCUUUGACCCUGACGACACAAUCACACACAUCGAGAUGGUAGAUGAAGGCUGGUGGCGCGGGCAGUGCCGGGGCAAAGUAGGCCUCUUUCCAGCAAAUUAUGUGAAGCUUCUGCAGUGA